AAACAACGUAAUAGCCUACUACUACUACUACUGAUAAUAAUAAUAACGGUAUCGAUUUGAAUGCUAAGGCCAACUCUCCAUGAUGCGUUGUCCCGCGGACCGUUGUCCCCUGUCUGAUGUGUCCCGCUCCUCUGCCCCUCCAGAGAAGCGGCUCAUGUCUCUGUGCGUGGGUUGCGGGAACCAGAUCCACGACCAGUACAUCCUGCGGGUGUCCCCGGACCUGGAGUGGCACGCCGCCUGUCUGAAGUGCGCGGAGUGCAGCCAGUAUCUGGACGAGUCCUGCACCUGCUUCGUCCGGGACGGGAAGACGUACUGUAAACGGGACUACAUCAGGUUGUACGGGAUUAAAUGCGCUAAAUGCAACAUCGGCUUCAGCAAGAACGACUUCGUGAUGAGGGCCCGCUCCAAGGUGUACCACAUCGAGUGUUUCCGCUGCGUGGCCUGCAGCCGGCAGCUCAUCCCGGGGGAUGAGUUCGCUCUGCGGGAGGACGGGCUCUUCUGCCGGGCCGACCACGACGUGGUGGAGCGGGCCAGUCGGGGCUCCGGAGUCCCGCUCAGCCCGCUGCACCCCGCCAGACCGCUGCAGAUGGCAGCAGAACCAAUCUCGGCCCGGCAGCCCGCGCUGCGGCCUCACGUCCACAAACAGCCGGAGAAGACCACCCGAAUCCGGACGGUGCUAAACGAGAAGCAGCUGCACACGCUGCGGACCUGCUACAACGCCAACCCGAGGCCGGACGCCCUCAUGAAGGAGCAGCUGGUGGAGAUGACCAGCCUCAGCCCGCGGGUCAUCCGGGUCUGGUUCCAGAACAAGCGCUGCAAGGACAAGAAAAGGAGCAUCCUGAUAAAGCAGCUGCAGCAGCAGCAGCCCAACGACAAGACGAACAUCCAGGGGAUGACGGGCACCCCGAUGGUGGCGGCCAGUCCGGAGCGGCAUGACGGCGGCCUGCUGGCCAACCCGGUAGAGGUGCAGAGCUACCAGCCGCCCUGGAAGGUGCUCAGCGACUUCGCCCUGCAGAGCGACAUCGACCAGCCGGCCUUCCAACAACUGGUCAGCUUCUCGGAGGGUGGGCCGGGCUCCAACUCGACGGGCAGCGAGGUAGCGUCCAUGUCGUCCCAGCUUCCGGACACGCCGAACAGCAUGGUGUCCAGCCCCAUCGAGGCCUGAGGACUGACGGGAGCACCCCCCCUGCUCAUCCCAUCCCUCCCGACUGCACCAACAACCCCCCUGGUUGUAUUUUGACACUGUGAAGACAAUCAUGGGAUUUUACCACAGCCUCAUUAUAUGAUGUCCAUCCCGAAGAGGCGGGCGGAUGCGUCAUGGCCGGUGCUGCACGCGCACACGCCUGGUUAUAGUUGCCAAAACGAGAAGACAUGAACCAUCCAUAAAUGGGACCUCUGAGUAGGAGAGACAUCGAGAUCUUGCGAAAAGCUGUGCGCUACUUUGAAUAGAAACAUUGACUGGUGACUUUUUUAAAUAUUCGGUCCACGCACUUCAUCCUGUAAUAGACCACGAGGAGGGGAACAGCACUGCUUUUCUUCAUUUAAUUACACGGUUUCCUUCAUGACCCGAAAGCAUUUGCAACAAGGUAUACCUCUCUUUUGCCACAAGCUUCGUGGGACAUUUGUGUGAAUCAGUGUCCGUCCGAGAAUUCUUUUUUUCUUUCCCAAAGAUGUGUAUAUUUAAGUCAAAAAUACCGUUAGUUCUGGAAGAAAAUGUUUCGUUUGUUCCCGUGCAACAACAUUUAUUUAUUAUUUAUUGUCGAGACAUUUGCCACCUUUUGUGUAACUUUCUUAACUGAAGUAAAAAGAAACAAAAACGA